UUUUUCAUUUCAGCACUCUAACAUGUCUAACUUAAUAAGUUUGUCUCAUGGAAAUUUUAUGAAGCUCAAACACAAUGCUAAGAAUCACAACGCUCAGACAGAGAUGAAAGUUUAGCAAAAUGGAUUCAGACUCUGACCAGCCUUGUAAGAAAAGAUGCACAGAAAGAGAUAAAGUUCAGAGUGAAAGUGCUUCUGAUACAGCAGAUGAGGGCAAAGUUCAAGUGAAAGGUGCUGCCACAUGCGCUAUGGGAACUGACAGCAAUGCAAACAGUAAUACAGAAAAUGAAGAUAGAGGUUCAAGGGCGCAAAGUCUGGAUGGAGAUGAUGAUAUGCAGGGUUGCCGUAACAACUUGCUGGAAGUUGAUGAACAUUCAAGGUCAAGUUCAAGGUCAGGUAGUGAAGAGGCACCAAUGCCAUCUGAUAUACUUGUUGACUGGGUAACGUCACAAAAUAUAUCAUCUUUUACGAAACCCAAUCAACCUUGUCGAGAUGUAGAAAGUAUGCCGAGUUGUUCUCACGACACAAGAUUUAGUCGGAAUAAAAGUCCUGCUAACAUUGUUGUUGAUGAUACAGGAGAGGUAAUCCCUGUUGAGAACUUGAAUUCCUCCUCUUCAGACAGUGAUAGUUCAGAUAAUCAAAUAGACUCUGCCAGAUCAGAUAGGUCUGAAUCAACAUUCAAAAUUCAGCCAAGUCGUCAUACUGAAAUGACCUUAACAUUUGGUGGUACUGGAUCAAGGUCUAACAUGACUCAUACAGUGUUACUAGGAGAUGGUUAUAAUAGUCGUCAGUCUGUUAAAUAUGUAUUUAACUUUAGAAGCAUGUCUGAUUCAGCCACACAGACUGAUUCAUUGACUCGAGAAACAGCAAUCAAUGCCACUGAAGAUCAAAAUGGCUCACCUUAUUUUCUACUCAAGGGAGAUGACUCCUCAAACAGUGGUGAUAUAGAAUUUCAGUCAAGUAUAAACAGACUGCCAAUGAAUAUUUUACUGCAGAUAUUUAAAUCUUUAACAAUGUGUGAACUAUUGUGUCAGGCAAGCUUGGUGUGCAAAACAUGGUAUAACCUGUGUCAUGACCCUGACCUCUGGAGAUCAGUUGAUCUAAGUCAUCAGCACAAAGCAGAUGAUAAUGUGUUGUCACGCUUGACUUCAUACAGUGAUAGAGUAACCAAUAUAAAUCUUGAAGACACGAAAGUUCUUACGAGUCAUGGAAUCAGCCUGGUAUGUGUAAAGUGUAAACAUCUGCAAAAACUGAAGUUAACCAGGUGUUUUUCUGUAGAGAAUGAUGUACUAAUGAUGGUAGGGACUUCAUGUAAGAAUCUACAGUGUUUAUAUCUGGAUGGUUGUUAUAGAAUCAGUGAUCAAUGGACCUGUAGUGUUGGAGAAGGAUGUCAACAGUUAAAGGAAUUGGUCCUGAGUCGCUGUAGUCAGAUGACUGAUGUAGGAAUUAGCAGGAUUGCUGAAAACUGUCAUAACUUAGAAAAUAUUAUACUGGAUCAUUGUAACAAGGUUACAGAUCAAUCAGUGAGAAUGUUGGCAGAAAACUGUCCAGACUUAAAGACAUUGUCAUUAGCUAACUGUAACAUCACAGACACUGGAAUAUGUUCUAUAUAUAGGAUGAAGAAAUUGGAAUACCUUGAUAUUUCUAAUUUGCCUGGUGGUAGUAUCACUGCAGCAAUUGUCUCUCAGCUUACAAGAAAGUGUGAUAAUCUGGAGUGUUUAAACCUUUCAUUGAAUCUGACUAUUGAUGACAGAUGUAUACAGGAAGUGGUCAGAUAUGGGCAGAAGAUAACAAAAUUGUUUUGUGUUAACUGUAGUUUAAGUGAUGAAGGAUUAAUGGGCAUAGCAUCCAAUGGAAGGAAUAUAGAAAAAUUGGAUUUGGGCUGGUGUAAGGACAUUACUGACCGUGGAAUAUGGGCGGUCACUGAAAAUUGUCCAGCUCUAAAAUAUCUAGGACUUAUUAGAUGUGAUUCAGUGUCAGAGAAAGGAGUUGAAGCCAUGGUUGACAAAUACCCUCACAUUCAGUUCUCAACUUUCUUUAUGGAGUCGAGAAAAUUGAUCCAGAAAGCUAUCGCUAAUGGUUUUAAGUUUAUGGCAGAGACAGAGCAGAAUAAAUAAUUUAUAUAAAAAUUUCUUAAUGAAGUGCCGAAAAUUUGCUAUAAGGAUGUGUGUACUUGAAUAAUUUAAAUUGUACAGAUGCCAGCUUAUGGGAACUUACUAGGGAUGUCAACGAGUACUAGAGUACUCGAGUAUCACUCGGUAGUACCGAGUAUCGAUUACCUAAAUGAUACUCGACUAAUCGGUUUCCUGUAAGAAUGUUGUUGCUUUCUUGCUUUCUUAAGCUAAAACAAAAAAAAAAUUUUUGAGAGCGCCUCCCGGAAAAUUAAAUAUUAAUCAAAAUUAAUAAAACUUAAAAUUCGAUUCGAAUGUUUGUGUUUAAAUGUCAUUUAAAAUUCCUCCAAAGAGAGGUAGGAUAUAUGAACAAGAGCAUGUUUCCAAGGCUUACACCUUUGGCUGACCUUAAUUAUUCCUCAUCUUCUCUACCGUAAAAGUAUAUAUUUUCUUCAGCAAGACUGUUAGUUACCUAACAAAGAUGAGAAAUAGCCUCGUCCCAGAAAAAGUAAACAAGAUGAUAUUUUUCAAUAAGAACAAAUUCGUUGCACCCUGUGUUGACCCUCAGAAAAGGAUUAAGUUCUAAUCAUCACCCCUUUGAUCAUUAAAUGUGUUUUUUACGGUCACUGUUGUUUGAGUAAUCAUUUUUCUAUAGAUAUUUAUUAAUUACUUGAUUAGAUUAUUGUCAGCUUACAUAAUCAGUUCAUGUAGUAAAUGAACUAUUAAUUAUGAUAUAAAAUUCCUUGGAUUAUUAUCUAGUCCUAAGUAAUAAUGUUGAGGGUUUAACGUUUAUAAUGCAAUGACCCACAAUUCAUAAAAUGGAUAUAAUUUUGUGUUUCCAUUUUGUAUAUAUAAAAUGCUUGACCGAGCGAGUACUCGAGUAUCGCUCGGUAAAUCCUACGAGUACUCGAUUAGUUUAUCUUCACUGAGUUGACAUCCCUAGAACUUACCCAAGUUUUUUGCAAAUUGAACCCUGAAAUCAUAUUAUUUAUGGUCAGCUUUGUGAAUGUGAAUAAAAGGUGGAGUAUAAGGCAAUGAGACAGCAAAGAAACAACACAAAUAAGUAAAAGCCAUGUAGAGGUCAAAAUAAGGUCGUCAACAUGUAAGGAGGGUCUGUUCAACAUGUCAAGCUCUAGUUUGCAAAAAUUGAAAAAAAAUGAAAAGUUGUCAAUGCAUUCAAUCAUAAUAUUAAUGAUUAACCAUCUACACAAAAAUUCCUUAAAGGACAAAGAUAUACAUUCAAGUAUACUGAAAUUUCUGUGUGCAUUUAUAUUAAAGCCAUUGCUGAACAAAGUAUAGACAUUUUAUGUGAGAUCAAUUAUUAAGAUUUCAGGACAUGCUUCAUGCAAAUAAUGCUAUCAAAAUUUGAAAUGCAAGUUUUUAUUUUUUGCAUAAAGUUUUUUUUGUUGUUGCAAUAAUAAAAGAUCACAAAUGUU